CUAGCAACGGGGGUGGAUGGAACUAAACGUUAAUUUAGCGAGCUACUUAUCUCCACAACACAGAACAAUACGUUACCGGUUAUAUAUAUAUAUACCGGUUAUAUAGUCCAUGUUAGAAUAUUUUUUAUUACUAUACUUUUUAUAUUGUCAAGUUAUCGUAUGAAGCGGGAUGGCUAUCAGCAACCCAUCGGUGUUUCUGUUGAUGAUUAACGGACAGAUCGAGGGAGCGAAUUUUCCAGAGUAUGAUGAUCUGUACUGUAAAUACUGCUUCGUCUACGGACACGACUGGGCUCCCACCUCGGGCCUAGAGGAGGGCAUAUCUCAGAUUACGUCUAAAAGCAGAGACUCUCCUCAGAGAAUGAUCUGGAACUUUCCUCUGGAGAUUACCUUCAAGAGCACCAACCCGUUAGGCUGGCCUCAGAUCGUAGUGAGUGUCUACGGUCCUGAUACGUUUGGUAACGAUGUGGUCAGAGGAUACGGAGCAACACACAUCCCCUUCACUCCUGGACAACACACCAGAACCAUCCCAAUGUUUGUUCCUGAAUCCACAUCAAGACUCCAGAACUUCACAAGUUGGCUGCUGGGUCGGCGUCCAGAGUUCACUGAUCCGAAAGUAGUGGCCCAGGGAGAGGGCAGAGAAGUGACCAGGGUUCGUUCCCAGGGUUUUGUCUCCCUGUCCUUCCACAUUGUGACUAAAGACAUGAAGAGACUGGGUUACGACACCACACCUUCCGAGACCGCACACACUCCGUCACACACUGCUGUCGCAGGCAUCGGACCGGGAGACCAGCCCUACAGCACGUGAUGGAAACACACACACAGGGACCAAGGACUACACCACCUCCUCCCUCCCUCCCUCCCUCCUGUGUGGUCCUCCCUCCUCCUCCCUGACCCCUGUGUGGCCCU